AUGGUAACAAUUGCAAGUUAUAGUGAUAAACGAAAGCGAACUAGUAAUCCACGCAACCUCCUAACUGUCACUGUAAUUAAUAGUAACCUGGAAAAUCACCGAGACAACUGCGCUGUUCCAUCUCUCUUUGCUACCAAUGCCUGUCACAAAGCAAACAAGGUGGACGAACUGUCUGCAGUGGUUGCGAUAAACAAUCCCUGUGUAAUUUUGGUUACAGAAUCCUGGUUAUCGUCUGAUAUUCCAGAUUCUAUUAUUAACAUAGGAAAUACUUACAAUUCAUAUCGGCUCGACAGACCUACGCCAGGUGGUGGUAUCUUGGCAUACAUUAAAUCUGACCUACCUGCUAAACGCCUUCCUGAACUAUAG